CAAUCUGAAAAGUUGAAAAAACCCCGCUCUGCCCACUAUAUAUACCCAACAAAUCUCACUGCGUUCACCAAAAGUGGAAGUCUCUCCCUUUGGUUUCCGAGAAAAACUUUAAAUUCUCCAAGAAAGCUUGCGUGGAAGAUGUCUGGGAGAGGAAAAGGAGGAAAAGGGCUAGGAAAGGGAGGUGCAAAGAGGCACAGGAAGGUGUUGAGAGAUAACAUUCAAGGAAUUACGAAGCCAGCAAUUAGAAGGCUAGCAAGAAGAGGCGGUGUGAAGAGAAUUAGCGGGCUCAUUUAUGAAGAAACAAGAGGAGUCUUGAAGAUCUUUCUUGAGAACGUGAUUCGCGAUGCUGUUACUUAUACAGAGCAUGCUAGGAGAAAGACUGUGACUGCCAUGGAUGUUGUCUAUGCUCUAAAGAGGCAAGGUCGUACUUUGUAUGGGUUUGGGGGUUAGGUUUUUUUGUGUCUUUUGUUCAGUUUGUAUGGGUUUAUUUUGCCAAGAAAUCUAUAUCUUCUGUGAGCUGUAGCUGAAAAUUUGAAUCUAUAAUGGAAGGAUUUCGUCAAUUCA